UCUGUCGACGUCAGAUGCGUCCUCAUUAAUCCGUGGUUGCGUCUGUCGACGCCAGUUCGGCAUCAUCAUGACACAUAAAAGAGAGAAAUGUAACAGGAGAAGCUGUGUGUCUCCAACUUCCGUCCAUGAAUCUGCAGCCACCGAAGACGCCAAACCCGUGGAACUUGAGGAAAGAGUCAUGACACCCCUGCGUAGAAGGAUGCAAGAAGCAGCAAAAACAGCUUGGGCUGGUGAAAGUGUUGCGGUAGUCAUAAGUGACAUAUUGGGUCCACAUGCGCGCAAUGAAUGGAAUCUUCCUGUGGGUUCGUACAAGAAUUCGUUCUGGAGAUUGACAAGAAGAGUGUCUUCUCCUAGUAAGAUCAAGAUGAUGCUGUCCAAGUCGCUCGUUCUCUCCUGCUCCCUAGGGUCACCACAACUUGUCAAGAACCUCUUGGAUGCUGGGGCAGAUCCAAAUUGUGAAUCGGGACACUGGGGCCCAGUGCACUCAGCUGCUUAUGGAGGCAAUGUGGAAGUAAUGAGGAUACUGUUGGAGGAUCCACGGACCAUUGUGAGCACUGUGGAGAAGAAAGGCUACACAGCCUUGCAUCUAGCAGCAUUAAGAGGGAACUUCGAAAUUAUGAAGGUGCUUCUAGAAAUGACAAAAGUGGAUGUCAAUGCUGUUGAUAAAGCUGGAUGCACUGCUCUGCACAUUGCAGCAACAUCAUCACUUCUAGGAGAAGUAUCUAAGGACAGAUUCUUAUGCUGCAUUUCCUUGUUGAUGGAUCGGUCUGACCUUAAAGUGAACAAACCUGAUAAGGAUGGUCUGACAGCAUUAAGCCGCACCAUCAUGUUUUUACGCAAGGACAUGGCCCAGGCAAUGUUGAAACACAAGAAACAAGGGCACCGUCUAAAUGUGGACACAUUCCUAGGCAGCUAUUAUGGAAUAUCUAUCAGGGAAGCCAUCCAGCACACAUUUCCAGAAUUACUGCCAGAACUUCCUCCACCACUUCAAGAAAGAUCACUCUCUCCUGUUGGGGCCACUCAACUUCUGGCAUCUCUUCAGAAAGGAGAUUUCAAUAGCUUUCAAUCACUGCUUAAGAACUAUUCGCUAAACCUAACUCAUUGGUAUGAUGAACCAUACCAUAGUACAAUUAUAGAAAUUGCCUGUCAACUGCAGAACAGAGAAAACUUUGUGACAGAACUGUUGAAACAAGGAGCAAACCCAAACACUAUCAAUCCACUUACAUCACAGUCUCUACUUCAUGUGACAGCAAAAAGAGGAAAUACAGACAUUUUGCGGAUUUUGUUACAUGUGCAGGGCAUAAAUGUAAACAUUACUGAUUCAUAUGGACGUACACCUUUGCACUGCCUUGCUGGGGUCCAUUCCAGAACUGAAGCUGAAUCAAGUACCCUUCAGAAGUGUAUCGAUUUAUUACUUGGAAAAUCAGAACCAAUAAAUAAUAUGACUCCAGUAGUUGACCUUCAUGCUGUCACAUCAACUGGGGAAACAGCGUUGCACAUAGCAGCACGCAUGGGAGAUAGGGAAACUGUCCUGACACUUCUGAGACAUGGUGCAAAUAUCAUGCACAGUGUAUCAGGACUAGACCCUCCUUUGUCACACAUUGAUCCCUCUGUGCUAGAGUGUUUUCUAGAUGAGUGCAUUGACAGCAGCGAUGAGUCAUCGAUACAGCAGGACUAUAUGCUGAUCUUUGAUUAUAAUUUCUUGAAUCCAAUAAAAGGCGAUGAUGAAAACGGAACUGGAAAGAAACAGCGAUAUAGUGAUCCAGAGAUGCCAGCAUUAAAUUACCUCACAAGGAAAGAUAGACUAAAACAUUUGCUGAAACAUCCAGUAAUAUCAAGCUUUCUGACACUGAAGUGGAGGAAAAUACGUCUUGUGUACCUCAUAAACUUUGUGUUUUAUUGUCUAUUUCUUUCAGUUCUAACUUGGUAUAGUUUCCUCACAGGUAAAAUUGAAGAUGAAGAUAAUCAAGAAAGUGAGAAUAAAAGUGGAAAUGAAGAUGAAACUCUGAAACAAAAUAAGAAUGACCAUAAUGGUAAUGUCCUUGAACACAUGAUGGCACUUACAGCGCUCUCCACUCUCCUAGCACUCCUUGUUGUAAGAGAGACUUUUCAUUUCUUUAUGUCACCUAAAGCUUACCUAGAACACUCUCAGAAUUGGCUCCUUUUGGUAAUCAUUGUAACAACUCUUAAUGUCUGUGUGGAUGAUACGGUGCAGAUAUAUCCAGAAUGCACAGCUGUAUCUCUCCUUCUAGCAUGGGCUCAAUUUGUUUCAUUCUUAGGCGGGUUUCCUGCCUUUUCCAUUCAUCUUGAAAUGUUAAAAACUGUAGCAUGGACUUUCUUAACAUUCAUUAUAUGUUAUUCUCCACUACUCUUUGCAUUUGGCAUAAGUUUUUACACAAUGUUUCGAAACAGUGGCUCUGCUGAAGAUGAGUUUUUCUCCUCAAACCUUGGUAUGUCCAUGCUAAAAGUUUUUAUAAUGUUUGCUGGUGAAUUUGAGGCAUCUGAUAUCCCAUUUGAAGCUGCUCCACUCACAAGCCAGUUGGUCUUCACUGUAUUUGUAUUUUUGAUUUCAAUUGUUCUUCUAAACCUUCUCAAUGGUCUGGCAGUAAGUGAUGCUCAAACAAUAAGAAAUGAUGCCAAGAUACUUAGUUUAAGUGCUCGAGUGAAGUUAAUAUCUUACAUGGAGAAAACAAACUCUAGGCGUAUUCACUUCUUCUCAGUUUUUCGAAAUAUGCUUGAUAGAAAGUUAAGAGUAUUUCCAAACAGAAAGGAAGGUACAGUUGAAGUAAAUGGAAUUGUUAUUAAGAAUACAUUCCUAGUCCGUGAAACGGUGCAACAAGCAAUUUCUCUCAUUUCUGAUAGAAAGAGAAGGUCACAAGAAAAUGAAAACAAAUUGAAAAAUGAAAGUGAAAAGCAUCUGCAAAAUAAACUAGCAGAUAUGGAAAAGUACCAGCUGGAUAUGAACAAGCAAAUGAAUGAAAUAAGAAUAAAGUUAGAUCACCUUGAUAAAGCCAACAAGGAAACACUAAACAAGCUUAAUGAAAUAUUUGCGCUUGUGCUGCAGUCAUAUGACAAAUGACUGCUCUGAAACAACAUUCAAAUAUUUUAUUUAUUUUUCAUGACACAAUAUAUUUUGAUACAAGUUAUGAAUAUUGUAGAUAUGAAAAUUUGCUAACAACAUUUAAGCAAUGUAGAUACUUGGACAUAAAAUUAUACAUUCAUUUAUGCUUCAAUUCACUUGGAUUAUUGUUAUCUAACUAAAAUAAUAUUUAUUUUCAUGUUUAAUAUUAUUACAUCUGUAUUUUAGCCAUAUGAAACAGAUUUUGGCAGAUCUAAUUUUUUCACAAUUCUUGUUUUUCAAAGAAAAUUUGGCCACUACUGAUUCAUCUGUAACAGUAUUUAUAUGUGAGAAAAUGGUACAGUGAACUCCAUUGAAAACUGAAUGCAUUUUACAAGUUGCAUAUGAAUGAGCAAGUUAUUAGUUCAUUUAACAGCAGUGGAUAUAUUCACAUUUCUUCCUCAGAAGAAUCAACAUUUUUCUAUCAGAAAACUUGUAUUUUUGUCAUACUAUUUGAAAAAACAGCAUCAAUUCACCAUACACAGUGAAAUGGUAAUAAGACAUGUAAGACAUGUAUAGCCUAUAUGAAGGAAAUACAGGGCUACCAAGACAUUACUGGCAGCAGUAUGAAAUACUUGGCCAAGAACACUCACAAUAAACCUCACUUGCCUUUCAAAUCAGUUAACCUGAUGGAAGUUUGUAAGAAACAUUAAUGGGUCUGUCAGUAUAAGCUUUAGGUUUCCAUAAAUUCUGCAUCCUGGAAAGCUCUUACCAUGUACAUAAUAGAACCUGGUUGUUUUAUAUACAACUGAGAUUCAUUUUAACUAAUUUCACACAAAUUAAUCCCUGUGUCACAAAAAAUGAAAAGUAGUAGCAUGGAAUAAGAAUCAAUAUUUACAAUAAUUUUGUUAGUACUCUUUUAAGUUAAAAUUAAUAUUACACAACUGCACUUGCAUAUACUGUUUAAUUGCAUUGUUUACUAUUCAUUGUUAAGUUGUAACAAAUAAAGCAAACUGCAACAAUUCCUAUAACUAGGUGUAAAGUAACAUUUUUUAUGUAAUUCAUAAUCAGAAUCUGUCUGUAUAUGUUAAUGCCCAUAAUUACUCUAACCAAUAAAUUUAUAUGCAGUACCUUCCAGUUUAAACUUUGGUUGGCUGUACUGUUAAAA